GCGAGCGAAAGAGCAAAGAGAAACGUUUAUAGAAUUUUCAACAAAACAGAGAGAGAGAGAGAGAGAGAGAGAGAGACAUACAACACAUACACACGCGAAUCUCACAUGGGACUACAAGAGCUACCGCCACCGUUACACCCUUCCUCACAUUUUUAGACUUCAUUGAGACCCAAUUGCUCAAUUCUCUCUCUCUCUCUCUCUCUGAUUGGCCCAAGCUGUGCUCUGGGGGCUAAAGGGGGGCUUUGGGCUUUGGGAAUUUCUCUGGUGAUCUGAGUGUCCAGAGAGAGGGAGACAAUGAUGGAGGAGACUAAGCUGUGGAACUGGGGCGUGAUUAGAUCUCUGCUCGCAAUUCUCCAAUGGUGGGGUUUCAACGUCACUGUUAUCAUCAUGAACAAGUGGAUCUUCCAGAAACUGGAUUUUAAGUUUCCUCUAUCAGUAUCAUGUGUUCAUUUCAUUUGCUCAGCCAUUGGAGCAUACAUUAUGAUUAAGGUGCUAAAGCUGAAACCACUGAUAACGGUUGAUCCUGAAGAUCGCUGGAGAAGAAUAUUUCCUAUGUCAUUUGUGUUCUGUAUCAAUAUUGUGUUGGGAAAUGUGAGCUUACGUUACAUCCCAGUUUCGUUUAUGCAAACAAUAAAGUCAUUCACCCCUGCUACUACAGUUGUUUUGCAGUGGCUUGUUUGGAGAAAACACUUUGACUUGCGAAUUUGGGCUUCUUUGGUACCCAUUGUUGGAGGAAUCCUUCUUACAUCGGUUACAGAGCUUAGUUUUAAUAUGUUUGGAUUCUGUGCUGCCUUAUUCGGCUGUCUUGCUACUUCCACAAAAACUAUCCUUGCAGAAUCUUUGUUGCAUGGAUACAAGUUUGACAGCAUAAACACGGUGUACUACAUGGCGCCUUUUGCAACCAUGAUCUUGGCAGUACCUGCAAUUCUACUCGAAGGUAAUGGGGUCGUGGAAUGGUUUCAAACCCACCAGAAUGUUUGUUCGUCCCUCAUCAUUAUCCUCAGCUCUGGGGUGAUGGCCUUCUGUCUUAACUUCUCCAUCUUUUAUGUGAUUCAUUCCACAACCGCUGUCACAUUUAACGUUGCUGGAAACCUUAAGGUUGCAUUUGCUGUCCUUAUUUCAUGGCUGAUAUUCCGAAACCCAAUUUCAGCUCUGAAUGCUGUUGGAUGUGCGGUGACACUUGGUGGAUGUACAUUCUACGGAUAUGUGCGGCACAUGCUCUCACAACAGCCGCUGCCGCCAGGAACCCCUCGGACACCCCGGACUCCGAGGAGUCGGAUGGAGCUGCUUCCACUUGUAAAUGAUAAAUUAGAUGAUAAAGUCUGAUUCGUAAAGAAAGUUGGAUGUGAGGAUCUGGCAGAGGGUAAUAGGGUAAAAAAGAAAAAAGAGAAACUCCACUUCUUUGUUGUGUAAACUUGCAUUAGUUCACUACCAAUUUUUAGCAUAUGUUUUUUUCCUCUUUCAGAACUAGAAAUUUCUUAAGGUUCUUUUAUAUUUUUGUCAUAUUUUUGGCUUGAAUGUGUUGAGAAUCAUAACUUGCCAUUAAUUCAUAUACUUUUUACCUUUUGCAUA